AUGAAUAUAGAUUAUGAUGCAAUUGGUUUGGAUUACAUGGGAAGAUAUUAUUCUUAUGGAUUCUCAUUUAGAAAAUCAGUGAAGCUCACAUUGAAAGGUAAUGAGCAAGAGCUAGUAAGGAUUGUAACUACAUUAACAAUUAUCGACUUCUCAAAUAACAUGUUUGAUAUAGAAAUCCCCCAAGUUAUUAGUGAGCUAAAUUCACUAAAAGGGCUAAACCUCUCCCACAAUAAAAUCACCGGUCCUAUUCCUCAAUCACUUGCAAAUUUGACAAAUCUAGAAUGCCUAGAUUUAUCAUCAAAUAGGCUUACAGGUGAGAUUCCACCAGCACUAGUGAAUCUCAACUUUCUUGAAGUUUUGGAUCUUUCAAAAAAUAAACUUGUUGGAGUAAUACCAAAAGGUAAGCAGUUUGAUACAUUUUCAAAAGAUUCCUAUAAGAGAAAUAUAGGAUUGUGUGGAUCUCCAUUGUCAAAAGCCUGUGAUCAUGUUGAAGGGAAAUUGCCACAACUAGCUUCAUCAACAAAUGACAAAUUUGAAUUUUGUUGGAAACCAGUAGCCUUGGGAUAUGGAUGCGGGAUGGUGUUUGGAAUGUUCAUGGAAUGA